AUGCACCUCUCUUCAUCGAUCCUCUCCACAACUCUAUGCCUAGCAGCAUCUGUCUCUGCUCUGGCUCAAAAACAAAGCAGAGCCAGCCCUGGUCUUCCACCAUCGCUAGAUCCCUGGUACACAGCACCAGACAACCUCUUCUCCUACCCUGCAGGAAGCAUCAUCAAAGUACGCCCCGACCCGCUCAAUCUAUACGCAGCCAUAGGCACAAAUGCCACAUCAGCAAGCUACAAUAUCCUCUACCGCACCAGUGACAGCAACCAAAUGCCCAGUUUUGCCGUCACAACCCUCUUCGUGCCAGCCUUCAGAAGUAGCAAAAAGAAAAAUAGCGCGCUGCUAUCGUACCAAAUCCCGUACAACUCCCCCUCUGUCGACGCCAGUCCCUCAUGGACCCUAGGAUCGCAGUACAGCUCGACCUUCGGCGAUAUCACUGCCGCACUGCAGCAAGGGUGGUAUGUCUCGGUAACCGACUUUGAAGGUCCCAAUGCCACGUUCGCAGUGGGCGUAGCCGAGGGCCAUGCCGUCCUCGACGGAGUACGGGCUGUCACUCAGUCCCCUCUUUCGCCUGCCUCAUUAUCAGCAGCAGCACCACCACCACCACCACCACUAACAAAUAAAUGGAGUAUCUCCAUGUGGGGGUACUCCGGUGGCUCAAUCGCGACUGAAUUUGCCGCCGAACUACAAUCCUCCUACGCACCGGACAUCGCCAUUGCAGGCGUCGCCAUCGGCGGACUUACAACACCCCUACUCAACGUUGUAGACUCCGUCAAUGAAAGCCCCUACGCCUGCCUGAUCGUGCUCGGAUUAUGGGGGUAUGCAAAUACAUAUCCCGUAGUUGAGUCGUACUUGCUCAGUCGGUUGACGCCCGAAGUGCAGGCCAGCGGGAAUUUCACUAUGGGGCGCAAUAUGAGCUUUGAAGAGGCCGUGGAGCCGUACUAUGAUGUUGAUGUGUAUUCGUAUUUUAUCGGGGGGGGUAAUGGGCGAACAUGGGCUGCCGGGCAUGCCGAUGUUUGUGUAUAA